AUGGCGAGAGUGAUAGACGGCUUGCCGGCCCCGACGCAGGUCCUCCCGCCCAAGAUUAUCGUUCUGAGUCGUAGCCGCGUCGGUACCACAUCACUGGCCACGGCUCUCGAAAUCCUGGGCUACAGGACAUUCCACUCGAAGCAAGUGUUUGCAACCGACAGCAACACGAAUAUGAAACUGUUCGAAGAAGCCCUGCGAAUCAAGUAUCUCGGAGGCUGUGGCAAGCGCUAUGGAAAGGAAGAAUUCGAUAAAUGGUUCGCUGGCUAUGAUGCCAUCAUGACUGUACCGCAGUACUUUUUCGACGAGUUUCUGGAAUGCUACCCGGACGCAAAGUUUAUCAUUACCGAUCGUGAUGCCGAGUCGUGGAUUAAAUCGGUGAAGAACACCAUUUGUGAACUGAUGAAGAUGACAAGGUCAUUUCCUCUGAGUCUUCUUGGCAGGACGGACGCAUGGCUUGGCGCAUUUUGCUCCCUGACUUGCACGUUGGAAAACGUCAUCUUCUUCGGCAAAGGAAGCGUCGCCGGCAUCGACGCUGCAAAGUCUGAUUUCAUUUCCCUGUCUGGCAAGCCUAACGUGGCUGUGUUCAGGCUCGAGGAUGGAUUCAGCUGGGAGAAGCUCUGUCCGUUCCUUGAUCACGAGAUACCCGACAUUCCGUAUCCAAACGCUUAUAAUCAGGACCACUUUCACACUCGCUGGGCCAACGUUUUGAGGCCGAAAAUGUGGUAUGCGACCGCCACACUUGUUGCAAUCAUCAUCCCUCUUCUGAGCGUCUUUGCCAUUUACUUUGCUUAA